GUCGGGAGCGCGCGAUCCCGGUGAGUCGCCGCCGAGCGCCCCGAAGUGGCAGGCCUGGGGGUCCGGUUCUGUGAGCAGAGGUGCUGGGGGCUUGAGCUCUGUCGCCUGUAAGCCUGGGAGGCGUGGGGAGACCGCCCUGGUCAGGGCUGGGCCGCAGAGCUGGGGUCAAGGCGCUGCUGGUCCUUGAGAAGACAUCUGAGAAGAAAGGGUUUCCCACGGGGCCGGCAGGGACCUUUGACCAGUGAGCAGAUGCAGGUGACGCUGCAUCUGCCUUCUGCUCCCUGACUUCUCCCGGUGGGAUUUCGGAAGAGACAACCCUCUCUUACUGUUGCCCUUCCAAGGGACCUGGGAGCCACAGGGUGAAGGCCCUAGACGGGGCUCCUCCCUGCGGCACAGAGGCCAGCCAUGGAGCAAGAGGGGGACGCCGGCCCAGAGCUGAUGGGUGUUGCAACUGGAAUCCUCCUGGCCCUGGCCCUUAUUGGCAUGACCAUCUUUUUUGUUGCGGAGCACAGGCUCCGGACGCACAGGCUCAUGCAGCCCACUCCUCAGUACAGGUUCCGGAAGAGAGACAAAGUGAUGUUCCACGGUAGGAAGAUCAUGAGGAAGGUAGCUCGUGCUGCAGGCCCAGGCCUCCUCCCCCUCGGAGGGGUCGGCACCAGCCGGCCUGUGCCCGGGGGCCGUGCAGGGGCUCUGGGGCUCAGGGAGAGCAUGGCUGGCUGGCACCGUGGGGCAGAUGCAGCUCGGGAGCUGGGGGACAGCAGGGGGCAGCGGCUGCCCGAGGAGGCUGGCCGGUGCCCGGGCCACACCGCACCGUACAAAACGGUGUCUGCCCACACUGCUGUCCCAUCCACCAUCCUCCGGCUUCCAGCUGUGGCUUUUCAAGGAGUUUCUGUGAAACAUCCUGAAGCCCUGGUGAGGGUGUUGCGGAUCAUCAUGGUGCGGCUGCAGAGGGUCACCUUCCUGCCUCUGCACAACUACCUGGGCCUGACCACGGAGCUCUUCAGCCCUGCGAGUGUUCUCGGCGCCCUAACCCCAGACAUGGCCUGCCUGUCCCGCCUCGUGCUAGACGCCCAAGAGGUGGACGGAGCAGGACUGCAGCCCCCAGGGGGGUCAGCGCCCUUUGCCCUGAGCCCCCAGAGGAGUUGCUCCCCCGCAUCAACGGGCUUCUGCCAUUUGAGUCAGAGCUGCACAGACGCACAGGCCCUGCUGCUGACCAGCGCCAGCAAAAGACAGCGCCUUGGCUCUGCUGCUCUGGACAGUAUCCACGAGUACCGGCUGUCCAGCUGGCUGGGGCAGCAGGAGGACAUCCACCGGAUCGUGCUCUGCCAGGCGGACAGCACGCUCACGCCCUGGACCCAGCGCUGUAUCCGGCAGGCCGACUGCAUCCUUAUCGUGGGCCUGGGUGAGAAAGAGCCCACGGUGGGCGAGCUGGAGCGGGUGCUGGGGACCGCGGCUGUGCAUGCCCGGAAGCAGCUGGUCCUGCUGCACUGGGAGGACGGGCCUGCACCGGCCCGCACUGUGCAGCGGCUCAACACGCGGGGCUGGUGCUCCGGCCACCUGCACCUCUGCUGCCCUCGCCGCGUCCUCUCCAGGAGGAGCCUGCCCAAGCUGGUGGGGCUGUCCGAGCGGGUCUGCCAGAGGCCCCCAGACCGGCGCUCGGACUUCUCCCGCCUGGCGCCGGUGCUGACCGGCAACGCCGUCGCCUUGGUACCCGGGGGAGGGGGAGCGAGAGGCUGUGCCCAGGUGGGCAUCAUCGGGGCCCUGACGGAGUGUGGCAUCCCGGUGGACACGGUCGGAGGGACGUCCGUCGGGGCCUUCACGGGCGCCCUGUGCUCUGAGGAGCGGAACUACAGCCAGAUAUGGAUCCGGGCCAAGCAGUGGGCUGAGGAUGUGAUGUCGAUGGUAAAGACCAUGCUGGACCUGACCUACCCCAUCCCCUCCGUGUUCUCGGGGGCUGGUUUCAACAGAAGCAUCUGUAGCGUCUUUAAGGACAGGCAGAUCGAGGACCUGUGGAUCCCCUACUUCACCGUCACCACGGACAUCGCAGCCUCUGCCAUGCGGGCCCACACAGACGGCUCCCUGUGGAGGUACGUGCGUGCCAGCUUGUCCCUGUCGGGCUACACGCCCCCGCUCUGCGACCCCAAAGAUGGACACCUGCUGAUGGACGGGGCCUACAUCAACAACCUCCCAGGUACUGUGGCGGAUGGGGAGCGGCCGCCCGGCCCCGCCUCAGCUCCACGGCUCCUGCGCGCCGGGGGUUACAGACGUGCGCACGCUCGGCGCCGCGCGCUCCCAGCAGAUGGCUCCAUUUGUCGGCUCAGCAGUGCUCAGAACCAGGCCAGCCCUGGCUCCACCCCAGCUUCCCCCAGCUCUGACCCGUCACCCCAGGGCCUCGCUGAGAUCGUAUCACGUAUCAAGCCUGCCAAGGUGGCUGCAGUGGACGAUGAGUCUGACUACCAGACCGAGUACGAGGAGGUGCUGCUGGGCGGCCCCAAGGACUUCCAGAGUGCCCCAGCUGACCUGGGCUCCGACUCAGAGGACGCGCCCUCGCUUCGGCAUCGGCACUCCUGUCUGGCUUCCCCCGAACCAUCCCAGGCCUCCUCAUCCCCCCUGGCUCUCUGA